AUGGCGCCGCGGUUGUCCAAGCCGAGAGCCACGGCCAGUGGGCGCGCAAAGACCCCCCUACCACCAGCGACAGAAACCGAGAGUAGAAAAGCAACCAAGCGGCCAGCUUCAGACCAGGGAGGCGCAAGCAAGACUGCCAAGACCACGCUGCUCCCAGCAGAGCCUGGCAAAGUGAACCUCAUAGCUGCGCAGCCUCCAAACACCCCGGCCGAAGUCACGCUGGCUUCUGACUGCUCUGGUCUUUGCACUGAAGGGCCAGCGGUGCGAGUGAACUUGCCUUCAUCUGUCAAUCCCCAGCAGUUGGAGAACGACAUGGAGAACACAUUGCAUCUUGGGCGUGUGUGGUUUGAUGUUGACCUUUACGCGGUCGGCAGCCCAUGUCAAAGUUGGAGUCUUGCCGGUAGUAAGUCUGGGGCUGCAGAUUCCAGAGGCGGUCUCAUGGCUCUGAUCCCUUUUCAAAUUGAAAAGCACAAGCCUCGCAGCUUUAUCUCCGAGAAUGUAAAGGGCCUCCCGUCACUCUUUCCCAAGGAAUUCAACUGGCUGAUCCAAGCUUUGAGAGACAUUCAGCUUCCCAAUGGCUACAAUGUUUAUUACAAGCUGCUGGACACACAGCACUUCGGAAUUCCGCAGCACCGCGAACGGGUCUAUAUCAUCGGUAUUCGCCGAGACGUGCAAGUGAAGCACUUUGAGUGGCCAGUGCCUUUCAAGGAGCGGCUCACGCUCAAGCAGCUCCUUGGCAAUCCUGCCAUGGAAUGGAAGUGCAACUUGCGGGAGAAGACACACGAUGUCGACGGCUCAGCUCUAUCCAGCACAGCCCGCAAGAACUUGAUCCAGUUUCAAGACUUUUUGGACAAGAAUCCGGCCAAACAAGACUCUGACUUCAUUGUCGACACAGGCGGUUCUUCAGCAACUUGGAUGGAGGACAAAUGCCCCUGCCUCACUGCCACCAGAUGCAAAGGAAAGCAUUGCUACUGGUGGCAUCAAGGCCAGAGGUUCCUCACCCCGAUAGUUUUUUUUUUGCUUCAAGGCGUGUGGCCUGGGGCCUACAAGCCUGGAGAUGUUGAAGAACUUCAACGUUUUCCACAAAGGGUAUUAGGACAUAUGAUUGGCAACGCCAUGUCUGUUUGUGUAGUGCGACGCUUAGUGCGUUUUUUGGCUCACAAAACUAGUCUAACUUGCAACAUGGCAGCAGCAGGUGAGAAGAGAUUGCCCCAAGGUGUCCUCAACAGAGCUGACUUGCAGUUGGGGGUCCAAGCCUUCUUGCGGUGGGAUCCAGCACUCAAGGAGAAGAGCGCGUUCGAGCUGGAAAAUGCUCGUGAGGCUUUGAUUUUUUGCCAGCCUUUCUUCAAGGAAGACCGCACUAGGUCAUGUGCGCUUGCCUGUGCCAUCAUGUUUUUGACCAUCCUUCAGAUGACGCUGGACCGCCCUGACACAGAGCCCACAGACUGUACAUGGACCGCUCACCUUUACACCAGGUCUGGACAAAUCCAGCCUAUGCAAGAGAAGAUCGAGAAAUGUCCAGCUUUGACAUCGCGCGAGUUGCUUGCAGGAAAGGUUGGUGAGUUGGAUAGCGCUGCUUCUUUUCUUUUGGGCGCCAUCAACGCCAUGCCUCAUGACCUGCUGCCCCAGGCGCCGCAUUUCGAAGGCUGUUUCGCUUGCCUGGACGACUUGUUGGUGCAUAUGAAGUUUCGACUUCACCAAAGUUCUUCUGCUAUUUAG